UUUUCACCACAGACCAUUGUAAGCAGUCAGAGAGGCAAAUAGUGAAGUGCAGAGGAGAGCAACAGGCAGUCGUCUCCAGAGAGAGCCUGAGAGCAAUGCUCAGUCCACUGACAACAAAUCAACAUCCGGACAGUAAGAAAGAAGGAGGUUUUUUGUACUGCAGCCUGCCCUGGGGCCUCAGAAAUCAUCUGCUUUCCUCACAGCUAUGCCUGCACCACAUACUGAACCAAGGACAAAGUUUCUUCACUGCAUGUAGUUUGAUUUGCACAUGGACACUGUAAGUCCUCCAUGCCUUUCCAUCUUUAAGCUGCUGGAUCAAGAGAUACAAUUUGGAGUUUUACUGUCCAUUCUUUUCUGAAGUUGUUAGGAAGUUCCAUGCAAGCCUUGUCAAGAUGCUGCCUGUUGUUUUCAUGACAUGGUGGAUCUGGGUGUUGCUUGGAAGCGCAGGGGGACAGUCCCAAUCUCAGCAUCAAUCUCAGACUGAUGACUCAAACCCAUGGAGACAGAUGAUUCAAUGGGAGAACAAUGGACGUGUAUUCAGUCUUCUCAACAGUGGGGCUGAAUACGUCCCGGCUCGGGUUCAGGAGCGUGGCAGGAACCCCCGAGUGUUUCUAGCGGACGCUCCCAACCGUAGGUCACAAGGUGGGAAUGUACGGAGGCAAGCACCCACCAGAGGAAGCUCUGAGACUGUAAGAGGCCAAGCCAGACACCCUUUUGGUUUUGGCCAGGUGCCGGACAACUGGCGUCAGGGUGCAGCUGGGACAGGUGAAACAAGUCGCUUCCAGUCAUUUAGUGGCACUCGUUUUAGAGCAUCCUCUGGCUCAUCCUCCUCCUCAUCAUCCUCUUCUUCUUAUUCACAGUUUCCGUUUCCUCAACAGCCUCCAUAUUCUGCUCCUUAUGACUCUGUACCGGACAGGUCAUAUGAACCUCCAUUCCCUGGAGCGGGGUACUCCACUGGCAACAGUGGUGGCUAUGCCGGAGGCGGAUAUGGAGGAGGUGGGUACUCCACCGGAAGUUUUGGAGGAGGCAGCUAUAAUGGAGGGGGUCCUGCCACUGACGAGAGGUAUCGUUACUAUCCCUCUUAUGGUCAAACGUACCAAGCUGUUCCAGGCCAACCUGUACAGCCACCUGUCUCUGAUGGACUGGACCACAGAUACACACACAGCCUGUACAACGAGGACUCUCGAGAUGGCAGUAAUGUUGCAGUACCUGUCUCUAAUGGUGCCUUGAGCAAUACGGGCUCAUCAUUCCAGCCUGCAGUGCAAAGCCCCCAGUAUGAACAGUUUCCACCCUUUGGAAGGCCCCAGCCACAGCCUCCAUUUAUACAACCAGCUCCACGCAACCCUCUCAUCUCUAACAACGCGGAGAGCCCCAACACAAAUGUAGGGAGUGUUUAUCGUCCUCAGCAAAGAGGUUUGCCUGACCUGGUUCCUGACCCAAAUUAUGUCCAAGCCUCCACAUACAUUCAAAGAGCCCAUAUGUACUCCUUACGCUGUGCUGCAGAAGAGAAGUGUUUGGCCAGCUCCGCCUAUAGUGAGGAAACCACAGAUUACAGUGUCCGGGUUCUUCUGCGCUUCCCUCAGAGAGUGAAGAACCAAGGGACGGCUGAUUUCAUGCCCAACCGACCUCGUCACACCUGGGAGUGGCACAGCUGUCACCAACAUUACCACAGUAUGGAUGAGUUCAGUCACUACGAUCUGUUAGAGGUCAGCAGCGGCCGGAAGGUGGCGGAGGGACACAAGGCCAGCUUCUGUCUGGAGGACACGACCUGCGACUUCGGCCAUCUCAAGAGAUACGCCUGUACUUCACACACUCAGGGCCUCAGUCCAGGUUGCUAUGACACAUACAAUGCAGAUAUCGAUUGCCAAUGGAUUGACAUCACUGAUGUUCAGCCAGGAAACUAUAUACUCAAGCUCCAGGUUAACCCGAAGUACUUGGUGCAUGAAUCGGACUACACAAAUAAUGUAGUCAGGUGCAAUAUCCACUACACGGGCCGCUUUGUCAGGACAACAAACUGCAAAAUCUCCCAGUCAUGAUCUGUCAGAUCUGGAUGAAUCUCAAUGAAAGCACUGGUCCAUUGCAGUGUGAAUGGAAUUCCUGGUGUUUCUGUGAUUGUUUAUUGUAAAUUCUUGGUCCACCCCCCCACCACCCUUUUAUUUUUUGUGCUGUUCUUGUGAAACAGGGUUCGAGGAACUAGCACA